AUGGCUAGUCCUUCAGAAGUAGAAGUUUUCAAUCAUGCCUUGUCAGGAAUCGGAGUUGAUGAGAACUCGUUAGUUUCAAUAUUGGUAAAAUCACACGAUGAGCACAAGAAAUCCAUAAGAAAAGGAUGUUCCCAACUCUUCUUUGAGGAUGAACGUCAGUUUGAGCGGUGGAACCAAACUGCCAUCAAAAGUCUGAAGGCUGAAUUCAAGCGAUUCAAGGAUGUUGUGCUGCUUUCAUUGAUGCAUCCAUGGGAAAGGGAUGCUCGUUUGUUGAACAAGGCAUUGAAGAAAGGUCCUCAACAAUACAAUAUCAUUGUAGAAAUCGCCUGCACCAGAUCCUCUGACCAGCUUUUGGGUGCCCGAAAAGCCUACCAUUCACUCUUCGACCAGUCCAUCGAGGAACAUCUUGCUUCCCACGUUAAGGGCUCCGAACGCAAGUUAUUGGUGGCACUAGUGAGUGCUUACAGAUAUGAAGGGUCAAAGGUGAAGGAAGACACUGCAAAAUCAGAGGCAAAAGCACUUUUAAAUGCAAUCAAGGAUGGCGAUAAAAAGAAAGUCAUGGAAAACGAUGAAGUUGUCAGGAUUCUAACUACAAGGAGUAAGCCUCAUCUUAAGGAAGUCUACCAACAAUACAAGAAAAUUUCUGGUAAAACCAUCAUUGAGGUUUUUGAUGCAGCUCUAAGAGACAAUGCAAAUGAGGAUGCAAAGAAAGCACUGACCCGAUUGGUUGCAACCCAAGAAGAUGAAGAAAUAAAGGAAGUGGCAGCUAAAUUUCAAGACAAAAUAGAAGAGAGAGUUAAAGGAGCCUAUAAGGAUGUAUUGGUUGGUGUGUUAGCAAAGGAGGAGACAUGA